UCCAACGGAACGCACGAAUUCUACCCAACGACUAUUCUUCUCUCUCUUGACGGUUUCCAUCCUCACUACGUCUCGCCGGCCCUGACGCCGUUUUUGCACAAUUUGAUGAUCGGCAAGGGAUAUGGACCGCCAUACAUGAUUCCAUCAAACCCGACAGUCACCUUUGCAAACCACUAUACGCUGGUGACGGGGCUCAAACCUAUUUAUCACGGGAUCGUCUCGAACCGCUUCUACGACGCCGCAUCGCACGAAAUCUUCAUAAAUACCAACGACUCGAUUGCUUUGCAGCCCCAAUGGUGGGGUGGCGAGCCCCUAUGGUCUACGGCAGCCCGCCAGGGCGUCAGCAGCGCAGUACACAUGUGGCCAGGGUCGGAGGUCGAUUAUGGCACAAAUAUGAACCCCAUGGAGGUUGACCGGUUCAACAAGUCUGAAGUUUUGUCGAGCAAAAUUGACCGCCUAUUUGAGUGGCUCGACAGGCCGUUGGCUUCACGGCCCGAAUUGCUAUUAUCUUACGUUCCAACCAUAGACACGCUGGGCCACGAGUACGGGGUUUCUGGUCCGGAGCUUGCCCAAGGACUUACUUAUGUGGACGGAUUUCUGGAGGCCGUCUACGUGGGGUUGGAGAAACGCAACCUGACCCAUCUGGUGAACAUGGUUGUUGUUUCUGACCACGGCAUGGCGCCUACUUCUGACGAACGUCUUAUUUAUUUGGACGACUUGGUGGAGCUGGAUAAAAUUGAGCAUAUUGACGGCUGGCCACUGUAUGGGCUUUGGCCACUUGCCGGGUUCAGCGCGGACGAGGUGUUUGGCGAGAUCAUGGAGAAAUACCGCGCAGAUCCGCAGAAUAGCCACUACACCGUGCACAAAAAGGAGGAUAUCGAGAACCAGCUGGUUGGAGGAAGAAGUCGGUACGACUCGCGUAUCGCGCCGAUAUGGAUCAUUCCUAAAAUUGGCUAUGCAAUCACCACGCACGAGUUUAUGGAGAAGAACCACCACUACACUCCAAAAGGCGUUCACGGCUACAACAACACGGAAGUGCUGAUGAGGUCAUUGUUUAUUGCUACGGGCCCCUACUUUGAGCAC